CUGCUAGUAAGUAACUGCUAACAUUAUAGACUGGAUUGAUCCCCAAGUUCAGAGACUUGUAAUUGAGUGAAAGAUAGACAUUGAAAUCUUGAAGAAUUACACUGAAGUGCAAGCCAAAGUUAACCCUCUUCAAAUAAUGUUUGUUGAACUGAGAAGUUGCUAAUCCAAACCUCUAAUAGGACUUGUUAUUUGGGCAUCUUUCUGUCAUUUUUGUCUCUUGUUGUUACUCUGCUCUCUGUAUUGUCUUUCUAAGUCCAGAUGUUCUCAGACAAUUCACAUUGUCCUGAUUGUGGACAACAGUGGUUUCCUAGUUUAGAACUAGGCCACUGGUUGUACCAAACUGAACUUGUUGAAAAUGAAUGUUACCAAGUCUUUUUAGACCGUAUUAAUAGAGCAGAUUAUUGCCCUGAAUGUUAUCCUGAUAAUCCUGCUAAUAGAAGCCUUGUUCUUCCUUGGUCUUUCCCACUUGAGUGGGCUCCCCAAAAUCUCACCAGGUGGACCUUUGAAAAAGCUUGCCAUCCCUUUCUUCUGGGUCCUCCACUGCUUAGAAAAAAGAUACAUGACUCCAGAGUAGCUGGUUUUAACCCUGCAUUACAGUUAAUCUUGACCAGAACAGACAAAACCUUAAACAAAAAACUUGGCCAAAACAAGUAACUUCUAUAAUGGUCAAAAUCAUGGAAAUUCUAGAGAGUCUUGUGCUAGAAGCCUAAGGAAGAUGGAAAAAUAACUUAAUUUCUCUUUUUAUUCUCUUUUAUUUUUUGUUUGUGGUACUGGAGCCCAAUACCUGCUCUAGUAGACAAGUGCUUACCACCGAGCCGCCCCCAGCCUUUAUUUCUAAAUCUGAUCCAGAUGGUCACUAUUUUUGGGAACUCCUUAAAUUGUUGAGUCUGCUUCUGUGGUCUACACUUAUUUUGUUCAGCAUGAAUUUAGUCAGUAUUCCAGAGGGACUGUUCAUCUAGAACCAGACAAAUCCAUAAUCCUUAUAAAUGAUGUUUUAGAACUAGCUUGUCUCUCCUAAGAAGUUCCAGAGCCUAAUUACUGACACAUGACAAGAUAGUCUUAAAGGGCAGGCCUCAUACUGUGUGCCCCAUAAUUGUAUUUCUAGCAAUAACUUCUGUGGGAAAGCAUACUCACUGUAGUUGGUUUCUAGAUUAUUCCAAUAAAUUUUAAUAAGAAACUGUUGUUUUAAAUCCCCCUUUUCAUUAAUAAAUAUAUGUAUGUAUAUGUAUAUAUAUAAAAUUUAUUCAUAUGUAAUUGUUCAUUCCUCAUUGGUUUUGUUUGGCUCAUCCUUCGAGUGGUUGUCAAAAUAUUAAUAACUGGUCACUAUCAGAGAAGUCAUAUCUGUAAGGCAACACUUAACAUAGGUUACACAAAAAGAUGUAAGAAUGCUGCCUGUUUAUACUUACUUGGUUCUAUAUAACCAAAAACUAUCCUGUCUAUGUGGUGACUAAACUUAAAAUGUCCUGUCCUAGAAAUGAGAAAGUACCUAUAUAAUGAGAUUUAUGAAAAAAAAGAAUUAUCAAGAUUCAAUAUAUAUUCUGAACAGUAUUGUGGGCGCAUCUUUCUUAAAACUAAGAAAGCCUUGCUAGACAGUGGCCACAUUCUGGCCACUUAUUUAUGAAACUCCUGAAACCAGUGUUAACAGUUAGGUAACUUUGAAAAAGCUGUUUAAAAUCUCUCAGAAGCCACUGAACAAUUUUUAAAUUCCACUUAAAAUGCAAGGUAAUCUAGUGCUUGUGUGGCAGCUCAAAGAUGUUAUCGAAGACCCAUGUUCUUUCUGUCCUCCCCUGUUGGGAUCCUUAUGCCUGCUUUUUGUCCUCAUGGCUAUUUCCUCAAUGAGUGCUAUACGGUUUGUUGCACCAGACAUUUCAGCACCAAUCAAAAGCUAGAAGUAGGGAGCAGAGGGCUUUCUUCUUUCAAUUCUGGCCUUUAUUUGGGAAUAAAACUUUUCCCAAAAGUCCCUAGAAGAAUUCUUUUCACAUCUCAUUAGAAGGUACCAUUGCAUGAGUGUGGGAAAACCUGGCAAAGGGGAAUGGAAUUGGCAUUCCCCAGGUAAGGCACAUUGCCUCUGCUCAUAAAAUUAGAAUUCUUUCAGGAAGGAAGCAGUAGAGAAUGAAUGCUAUUGCUAAUGCAACAAAUCAUAUUUGCCACACAUUGUAAAAUCUAAAAGUUAUUUGUUUUUCUGUAUAAUGUACCCCAGAAAUUCACCCCUGUUAUCUGCCUUAAUGUCUGUCAUGAUGACGGUUCUCUCCUGUUAUUGCUGAAUAAACUGUGGACUGCUAAACUGA